UCCCUACAGCUGGCUGCAUCCAGUGAUUUCCCUCCCUCCCCGAAGCUCCGUCCCUCGCAGGGAGUCCCGGGCAGUGAGGAGCUGUUUCUCAGCAGGAGCAGAACUUGCAGACCUGCACUGCAGCCCAGUGUGGAGCUGAACCUGGAGCAUUCUGUGCUCUCUGCUGGUGCUCUGGGCUCUCACCAGCCCCAGAUUUCAGGGACACUUGGACACCCCCAGGCACGUGGGAAGAGUGGCAGUGUGGGCUCUGAUCUGCAGUUUUUGGGAUUAAAUAACUGUCAGCAGGACAAAGUUUGUUCCAGCCUCGGUUUUCCCAGCAAGACCCAGAGGAGUUUUUGCACUCAGGCAGAGCCCACCACGUCCUUCCAAGGUCCCAGUGCCAGCCAGGGCACCUUCAUCCUGCCCUCCUUCCCCCUGUCAUCCCCCAGGAACAGCCCCAAGCUGCUCUCUGCUCCUGCUGCCUCUCCAGGGAAGUCCCAGGAGGAUCCCAGGAGCCUCUCCAGCUCCUGGCCCCUCAAAAGCUUCCAGGGGCUGCCUAAGCCUGGUUGCCAGAGGCAGCUGCUCAGCCAAAAGCCAGGAGACAGCACAGGAGACAGCCCGCUGGAGAAGCAUUCCCUGCAGCUGGAGAAGCCUUCCCUGCAGCUGGAGAAGCCUUCCCUGCAGCUGGAGAAGCCUUCCCUGCAGCUGGAGAAGCAUUCCCUGCAGCUGGAGAAGCCCCCCCUGCAGCUGGAGAAGCCCCCCCUGCAGCUGAGGGCUGGCCUGGGCAGGGUCUCGGGGCUGCGGGGGUCCCGGCCCGUGCCCCCCAUCCCGCGCCUGCCCCGGGAGGGCAGCGAGGGCUCGGAGCUGCAGCUGGAGCCCGAGGAGGUGGACCAGGAAGAGAUGCAGAAUUCCCUGCGCUCCCUGCGGAACAGCGCGGCCAAGAAGAGGGCAAAGCUGAGCAGCAGCAUCGCCGACCUGGAGAGCCCCGACUCGGGGGUGAAACUGGAAUUUUCCGGGGAUUGCUCCUCCCAGGGCUCCUCCCCCGGAGCCGCUUCCACCGAGAGCGGAAUUUGCAGCCAGGAAUCGCCGGGCUCCCCCGUGGGCACGCUGCCCCCCAGGAGGAGAGUGAUGUCAGACACUUUUCCAGCACUUGGCAGCAAAUCCCACCCUGCAAAAGUAUCUCCAGCAAGGCCCAGAGACGCAGAGGGGGCAGAGCAUCACCCCAGCACAGGCCCUGCAGAGUCAGUGCCUGGUUUUGCACCGAAGAACGAUCUGGGGUUCACACCUGAAGAUGUCGUUGCUGUUGUUGGUAAAGGUGUUUUUGGGAGCGCUCCUGCCCCAGCUCCCAGCCAGUCCAUGCCCUGUGUGGCCAAUGGGGACAGCCAGGCUGCCAGGGAGGGAGCAGAGGCAGCCCCAGGGAGAAGCUUCCAGCAGAACAGCACUUCCCAUUCCCACUGCCAUGCAGGGAAUGAAGGAGAGAUAAAAGCGACCUUGUCAAAAUCUGCUCAGGAGAAGCUGAGGAGGAAGAGGAAAGAAGACAGAGAACACAACCAUAAAGAGCAGGAAAGCAAAGACUUGGAAGGGAAGGAAGAAUUCCCUUGGGAAAGGAUUAGACUGAGUAUGAGUGAACCAGAGAAACUCACAGCAGAAAGGUUUAAUCUCUGUGGGGAUUUAUUGACAUCGCCAAGAAAUGGAUCUUUGUCCUUAGAAAAUGUGGCCUUGAACCCUUCUCUGAAAAGAACAUCCAGUUUGAAGAGGUCAAAGUGUUCAUCCUUGCUAGAUUCUGGUAAGCUGGGACAAAGUGGGUGGAAUUUAAAUACUGUUUUUUCACACAGGGAGAAGAAAAUUGAAGGUCUGAACUUUGUCAGGUGCUUGUCUGCCUACCAUGCCCCUAUUCUGACUGCAAAGCUCCAUGAAACAACUCUGGCUGUGGCUCAAGAGGUCAAGAAUUUACGCUCAGGUGUUUCUCGAGCUGCUGUGGUCUGUUUAGGGGAUUUGUUCACCCACCUGAAAAAGAGCAUGGAUCAAGAACUAGAUAAUGCAGUAAAAGUCCUUUUGCACAAAGCUGGGGAAUCCAACACUUUUAUAAGGGAAGAGGUAGACAAGGCACUGAAGGCCAUGGUUAAUAAUGUGACUCCAGCACGUGCACUUUGUUCUCUUAUAAAUGGAGGGCAAAGCCACCUGCACUCAGCCGUGAGGAGAUGCACGGCGCAGCACCUGGGGGACGCGGUGCAGCGCCUGGGCCCCGAGCGCAUCCUGGGGGGAGCCAGGCCCGCGGCCGAGCGGCUGCUCCCCGCCAUCGCCAGGUUCACCCAGGACAGCUCCCAGCAAACACGGUACUACGGGCGGAGGAUGCUCUUCAUCAUGAUGGCUCAUCCUGACUUGGAUAAAACCCUGGAGAAGUUUGUGCCAGCCAAGGAUUUGCCUUACAUUAAGGAAACUGUUGGCACUCUACGAGAGAAGGGCCUGGGGGAGAUGCCCUUGGAUACACCCUCAGCCAAAGGAAGGCGUUCCCAGACUGGAAAUGUUGGACAUUUGAGGUCAUCCUCCACUUGCAGAGAUGCUCCCAUCAUCCCAGACAGGGACGGCACGGAGGCCCAGGAAGCCCCAAGGAGGGCAGCUCCUCGCAGUGCCCUGGAGAGUGAGGAGUAUGUCAGGGACAUCGUGGGGUUACUGAACGCCAAAGAUUUCCGGGAGCGCAUCAGCGGCGUGCGGCAGCUGCUGCUGGACACGGAGAGCAGCCCAGCCCUGGUGCUCGCCAACGUCGUCAGGAUCUUUGACGCUUUCAAGCCUCGCUUACACGACUCCAACAGCAAAGUGAACCAGGCAGCUUUGGAGACCAUGCACAAGAUGAUUCCACUGCUCAAAGACAAUUUAUCACCUGUGAUCAACAUGUUAAUUCCUGCCAUAGUGGACAACAACCUCAACUCCAAAAAUCCAGGGAUUUAUGCAGCUGCCACUAACGUUGUCCAGGCCCUAUGUCAACACUUAGACACCUCCCUGCUGCUGCAGCCAUUCUGCACAAAAGCCCAGUUCCUGAGUGGAAAAGCAAAGCAGGACCUGACAGAAAAGCUGGCUGAGAUGGCUGGAUUUGGAGAGCUGGUUUUUUAA